UUGUUCAUAAAAUGUAUGUGCUGUGUUGUAAGCAGCACAGGCAGAGACAGUGAAAAGUUGUUUAUCCUUGCUAAAGGUGUUGGUGGACGGUUUGGGUGUGUUUGACUUCAUGUUCACAUACUGAUUUUACCAUAAAUGUUCAUGUCCUGUUUCUUACCAUAUGAAUGUGGGUUUGUGGGUGGCUGCACACUCUUCAUUUGCAAGUUUCCUUUGAGAACUGAAACACAUGUACUUGUACAUCUUGGUACGCAAAGGGAAAAUACAGCAGACGCAUUUCAUUUUUGCUCAUCACUACAAGCAUGUAGUUGAUGGAGUUGGCCUCUUAUUGGGCUGUGAAAUGAACUUAGAUUGUAUAAUUCAGAAGAUACUUCUAAUGGACAUCUACAAGACACAGAUAUCUGUAAUCCAACCAACGAGGAUGGAUUAUAUGUUUUUGUUUGAUUUUGUUUUUUUAAAUUUUGUCUCAGGUGAGAUGAUUAAGCAACUUCUACCAACGUGAAUAAUGGAAAAGUGAGUAACCCACGUUACAAACGAGAGUCCCAAGACAGGUAUGAUUUAAGUUUAAGUUUUGGGGUAAUCAAGAAUAAUUUUAUAUAUUUUGUUUGAAAACUCAUGUUGAAUCAUGCCUCAUCAGCAUAUAGGGAAUACCUCAUUGGAAAUAUGGUUUAAAGUAAGUAGUUUGGGUAUUUUUAUGGAGGUAGAGGGGCACUUUAAUAUUUUAGACAGUGAGUAUUAGUUUAAAAAUGAAUACGGUUUUAGUCUGUAGGAUAAAUUGACAAAAAAACCCUGGCACAAAUAAAAAACAGUUAUUAGAAAUAACCCAAUCAGGAAAGGGUUUCAUGUAAUUAUUUUUAAAAAUAAUUUUGACGUUCUUAGCAUUGCUGUCCAUUAUGUCGCACUUAGAUGGUUUGACGACGUCUGAGUGACGUACAUACGUGCAUAUGUGCUUACCCUUGAGCUUGAGAAGGCAGGAACAAUGGCGGCUGAUGAAACAAUGAGUCCUAUUUCAAUCGAGUGUGUGGACAAUCCUUGUGGAAUUGGUGGUGUGGUCGUCGAUGGCGAUCAAACAUAUCCCCUUCUUUUUCAACAAGAUACCGUAGGGUGGACGGCCUCUGGUGAUGGACAGGGCCCUCACAGUUCUGUGAGACCUUUCCACUUUGCCCGUUAUGAGUAUGAGGACCCUGCCACUCAAGACGAUCCAGAGACUGACAGCGGUCCACUAUCCAGUCCCCAGGAGGAGGAGGAGGAGGAGGAGGAGGAGGAGGAGGAAGAAGAAGAGGAGGAGGAGGAGGAAGAGGAGGAGGAGGAGGAGGAGGAGGAGAAGAUGAGUGACAUCUACAGCCAUCAGCCAUCUACAUAAAUUGACCAACUGAGACUCCAGGAAGUAAUUGGCCCCAGAGCAAGAAUUAGUCUGGAACACAACCCCCUGUAAAGAGGACAGUUGCCCUUUUUGCACAUAUGCAUUUAUAUAAAUUCAACAAAGAACAGAAUCAGUGAGCUUUAGAGGUACUGAUAGGAAUUUUUGUUACCUUUGGACAGCACCAGGCAAGCUAUUUCCCAAUUAACAAACUUUAUUUAUUAAGUCCAGGGAUUUCUUAAAAAUGAUUUCAAACACUAAGGAUUUGGUGAACUGCUUCCAUGAUAUUUCCAUGAACGGUGCUCCACUAAAAUGUUCAUCUGGACUCAAAUACUCUAUUUUGUGACACUAGGUCACUGAAAGAAUGUGAAGCAUGAAAAGGGAGUGCAGGAAGGCUGAGAGACAGUGGAAUAAAUCAUAACUGUCGUACACUAUGAGCAUAAGAUUUUUAAAAUUAAAAUCUUAGAAUAGUGGCUUUCAAGAUACAAGCGCAAAGUACUGUAAGAUAAAAUCUUGGUUUUUAUGUCAGACCAUUGUUCAUUCAGUUAACCCUGUUUCUCCUGGUGCCUCUAUAGCCUCAAAUACAGACUGUGAAAGGUUUUUAACUUUUUUCAUUGACAAGACUGAGGACAUUUAAUCCAAGAUUUACUUCACACUCCUUUCUCUGGCUCAUCUUGUCCUCAGCACAUUGUGUGUCUUUAAGGAAAUUACUACCCAAAAAGAAAAUUGAAACCAUCUCAAACAUUACACCAUUACUGAGUCCACUGGACGUAAUACCUUUACCAAAUUCUUAUUAGUGAUUCUAGAUAGUAGGGCUGCCCCCCUAAUAGUCAACCAAACGUUCGUCAACCAGAAAGGCCAUUAGUCGGCAAAAUUUCAUUGAUCACUAUUCUUUCUCACACCUUCAACUCAAACCAUUGUGUUGCCCCACCCAAAAUAUGCAAUUUAAUAAUUAAAUUAAUAUUGUAAACAUGUGGGUGACUAGUCAGCUAAUGGCCCUAAAUGACGACUAUUGGUUAACUAGGAAAUUUCUUUUAAAAAUUCUGGGGCAGUCCUACUAGAUAGUGUAGCCCCUUGCCUGUUCUCAGUGAUCAUAAGCUCUUUAUCUUCCAGAUGUGUUUCAGACUAUUUCAAGGCUGAGGUCACUUCUCACUGUCCUUCUGAACAUAACAACUACAAUCCAGUUUCUAAGCUUCUCCUUUCAUCCUGGAGAAAACUGUCUAAAAUCAAUUGUUGGAGUUGUUCAUGUGUAACAAUAUCUUAUCUGUUGAAAGAGUUACCAAUGACAUCCUGAUGAAGGAUGAUGUAGAUGAAUGCUCCGUAGUGGUUCUGCUAAAUCUUAGCACCACCUCUGAUGUAGUGAAUCGAAUUAGCAUUACUACUGAAAGGUUGAGAACAUGGCUCUAUGCAAGGACCAAUUAUAUUCUCUCUUUUUAUACUACUUUUGGGACGCAUUAACAGAAUGACGUUUCAGUUCGUUGAUAUUCACCUGUACCUGUCCUGUUAUUUGUUUCCUGUUAUCUGUUCUUUUAUCUGUACUUAUUAUUGUGACAUACAGAUUACUGUUAAUUUAUCAUGUUGAUCUGUUCUGUACGACAUCUAUUGCAUGUCUGUCCGUCCUGGAAGAGGGACCCCUCUUCAGUUGCUCUUCCUGAGGUUUCUACUGUUUUUUCUCCCCGUUGAAGGGGGUUUUUUGGGGGAGUUUUUCCUUAUCCGCUGUGAGGGUCAUAAGGACAGAGAGAUGUCGUAUGCUUUAAAGCCCUGUGAGGCAAACUGUGCUUUGUGAUAUUGGGCUUUAUAAAUAAAAUUGAUUGAUUGAUUGAUUGAUUGACUUAUAUCCUUUUUUCUGCUUUCUUUGUUAUUGUUAUUUAGUGACUGUGAAUUUCUUUUUGUUUUCCUGCUUUCUUUCCCUCUGUCUGAAGCACUUCUGUAACAGUGGUUUUGAAAGCUGCUACAUAAAUAAAUAAAUUA